GUGCAGUGCUCCAACAGCAGCCACACAGGGCUGCACCACAGCGGAAGUACUGGGAACCAGGAACAGCAGGAGCCACGGCGCUGUCAUGUUCUGGUGGAGAGACGCCUGCUAACUAACUCCGUUAACCCACCCUGACACACACAUCCAGGGGACCAUGGGAGGGUCUUCAAGCGUCGAGAUACCGGGUGGAGGGACUGAAGGCUACCACGUCCUCAGAGUGCAAGAGAAUUCCCCCGGUCAUUGUGCAGGACUGGAGCCUUUCUUUGAUUUCAUCAUUUCCAUUAGUGACACUAGACUGAACAAGGACAAUGACACCUUAAAAGAGCUGCUGAAGAUGAACGUGGAGAGGCCCGUCAAGAUAACGUUAUACAGUAGCAAGACGCUGGCAGUGAGGGAGACGACCGUCACACCAAGCAACAUGUGGGGCGGACAGGGGCUGCUGGGAGUCAGCAUUCGCUUCUGCAGCUUUGAAGGAGCCAAUGAGAAUGUUUGGCAUGUUUUGGAAGUGGAGCCAAACUCCCCUGCAGCUGUUGCUGGUUUGAGGGCUCAUACUGACUACAUUAUAGGAGCUGACACCGUCAUGUGCGAGGGUGAAGAUCUGUUCUCUGUAGUGGAAACACAUGAAGGGAAGGAGCUGAAGCUUUAUGUUUACAACACAGAUACGGACAACUGCCGCGAGGUGGUCAUCACUCCAAACUGUGAUUGGGGUGGAGAGGGCAGUCUAGGAUGUGGGAUUGGCUAUGGCUACCUGCACAGGAUACCUACACUGCCAUUUGAAGAGGGCAAGAAAACCAGUUUCUCUGCACAGACUCCCAGUGAGCCAGUAACUCCUCCGAAAGAUGGCUUCACAGAGGUCCAUCUCUCUGCUGUCAUUCCAACCGUUCCAGUUGCUGCGUCUUCUUCUGCUACGACUAGAUUAGAGCAGUCACUCGCUGGCUUGUCAGUGAGCUCUAAUCUGACCGCUGUUGUUAGCGAUCUACCGACAGGAGCUCCUACUGUCCCUCUGCCCAGCCAUGUCCCCUCCUCACAAAGCGCUCCCCUGUCUGUCAGUCCUGCCUCCACACUACCAGGUUUAAUGCCCUUACCUGGAGGUCUUCCACCCUUUCCUCAUUUACCAAAUCUAAAUAUCACCUUGCCACCUGGUGGAUUACAACAUACAGGUCUUCCACCCCUCACCCUGCCAAGUGUGGUCCCUGGUGUAACUCUGCCUCCACCUGACUUUGUUCUUCCCCCCGUCGCUGCAAAUGCACCUCCUGCUGUUACAAUGAAUACCACAUACCCCCCCUCUGCUAUCCAAAUGAACAGUUCACUGACCAGAACCCCCGUCGCACCAUCAGUGGCCACCCCUGAAUCAAUAAAUAUCACAAUAACUGCUGACUCAUCUUAGCAGAGAGCGCUGUUAAAAGUUGUCGGCUUACACAAUAUAGCCAGUCUAUUAGCUGCAUCACUCAGUUGACAAAUUGCUCCUACAUGCCGUUACGAUUGUUGUACGAGCUCUGGUAUCUGGAGGAUACUUGGAGCUGGUGCUGGUCUGCUCACAUGAAGCGUGAAUGUGUGUCCGGCAGAAGCUGGCUUGUUGAUGGCAGUAAAAAGAAAAUUACAAGAAUAAUUCAAGCCUCUCAGCAGAGUUCAAAUAUUCACUCUGCUGCAGAGCAACUUUUAAAAUAGCUCAUAACUCAAUAGUAAUAGGUAUUAACACAAACUAUGUGGGCUUUUUUAAGCUUGGCUGAAAGAAAAGGUGUAAAAUAUGUGGGAACAGGUUACUUUUAAGUGUGUGGGUCAGUAUGUUGGCUUUUUUUUUUUAGGACUACGGAGCCUUUGAAGGGUCAUAAUUACCCCUUUUCCACCACAUGGAACCAGUUCUGUUCUGGUUCCCAUUUAAUUUUGAACCGUUCAGAGCAUUUCCAUCAAAAAGUUGGUUCUCAGGUCAGGCCAAAAAAUAGGUUUUCCUUAAAUUGAAGUGCCAAUUGUCACCACAUCAGUGGGCGUGUCAUUUUCUACAGGUUGGAAAGGGAGGAUGGGGGCGGCAGUGAUGGAGAGGUCACGUGAGAAAUCAAAGAGCGUGCAGUGGUCUCAUGAAUAAUUAGUCCAUGCGUGUUUUUGGGGGGGGGGGGUAAGACAUAUCUGUACUAACAGAACAAAAGUUUGCAGGUAAUGAAUGUAAUCAGCCAUUUUGCUGCAAUUGUUUACUUCCAUAGUGCAUUAUGCGACCUCUUCUGUUGAUGACACAUCCUUCAUUGCAAUGGUCCUGCUCAAAACUGGUGGCAAUGCAGGCUGCCUCACAAGAUAUACCAUGAAUUGAACCAGUUAAGGACCCAGAGCUAAUUUGGUGGAAAAGGGGUAAAUGUUUUUUUUUCCCCUCAACUACUUUUGUGCUUCCUAGCAAUGUUUUUGCAGUCUCCCUGAUCCACAGGAACAUUUUGUAUAUUGGUCCAGUCAGUUUUAAAGCACAGUUUAGGGAAAUAUUGUGCAGAUACUACAGAAUGGAGACCUGAUUGCUCAUUACUCCUCUUAAAAGAGCUUAGCUCCAACAGUAUGCAGCCACUUCCUGUGAGUGCAGCUGCUCUUCCUGGCUGUGAAUAUGGUAAUUGCUUAGACUAAGGUUGCAGUUUUGGUUGUAACUAUGAUGCUGUGAAUAUGGCUACUGUAGCUGUAAAGUGACUACUCUUUACUGCUCCUGUUAAUGCUUUCACAGCUAAUGCUAACCACACAGGAUAUAAUAGAUGUAUUUAACACCACACUUAGCCAGCAUAACCAUGUCAGUUCACUGCAAACAUUCCACCCCUGCAUGCAGAUAUUGUUACACUAUUAUAUAGAUUAACUUGUCAUAAUCAUGAUGACCAAGGUAUAUACAUGGCUACAUCCAAAACCACAGCUACCGUCUGUCUCAAUCAGACUUGGCAGCAGUCAGUGAGAAAGCUGUGUCGACUAGCUCUGCUCUAUCCAGCUGCAAUGAUAGACCGGGCGACAUACAGCUAAGGGUACACCCACACGAGGUGCUCCCAACUAGCAGCGGUCAUGUAAUACAUAAUAGUGUAUUCAUAAUACAGCUCAGCCUCUCUAUGGAUCAGAAGAAAUGCAGAACAUAUUGCGAGGUAACACAAAAAAGGAGAGAAAAGGUGGCUCUUUAAACUACUGGAGGUCUUCAGGGGAAGGAAGAGUGGUAACUUAUACUACUGGGGAUUUCUCUUAGAAAAGCAGGUUUGCUUGCUGCAGCGCUGUAGCCAUUAAAAAUGUAUAAUGGUGUUGAUUUUGUACAAAAAAUGAUUUGUAUAGUGUUAUAUCGUUACCUUGAUUAAACUGAUGUAUUUUCUCUAUCUCA